CGAAAUCACACUGAGCUUCCCCAUCCAUUUCACUUCACAUGGCCCACCUGAUGAGCGGACCGGCUUGAUUUUUGGGAACAGGAUCCGCUGAUCCAGAGCUACGCGCGUCGUUGGCACGUGUGAAGCGUGUGUCCGUAAGCAGCAUCCCGAUAACUUGUUCUCGGUGCGUAAUCCGCACCCACUAGGAAGUCCAAAACCCCCUUUGCCGGUGUCUUCACGUUCAAGAAGGCGCCAUCACCGUUCAAAAACUUGAAAAAAACCAAUGGCUGCGAUCCACUGGUACGGACCGCUGAUCAAUCUUUCGGAAGCAGCUUCUCACAUCGGCGACUACGUUCAACUCCUCGUUUUCGUUCACAGAUCUCGUCCCAUUCAGAAAUUUAAAGCAUCGAAUGGAGGGGGAUUAUUGAAGACUGAUAUUCAGGUUGGUGAUGAUACACGGUCAUACUUCCCAAUGUCUCUAUGGCAGAAACAUAUGGCAUCUAUGAUAUUUGCUGGUGAUAUUGUUUUAUUACAAAAUGUUAAGAUUGUAAAAUUUGGAGAUGUCUUGGAGGCUGCAACUGUCCAGUUUUCAUCAUUGUUGCCGUUGGUCCAUCCUUUUGAAUUGCUUGCCUCGAAGGGCGUGGAUGAAUUACUAGGACAAUGUCGAGUGGGGAGAACAACAAAAGAAAAACUGAAGAAGGUGGUACGAUGGGUUCAACAAACUGGAUCAAUGCUUCACAAUGUCCAAGAAAAUUUUCUAGGCAAAGACAUUGCACAGCAGAAAAAUUGGAAGGUUCAUGAAGAAAGAAAAUCACAGGAUUGCAUCUCAAUCUCAGAAUUAUUGUGUAUAACCGAGUCCUGUAAUGCAACCUUUUAUGCAUGCAUCGGCGAAAUUUUUCUGCCAUUUAUGUGGAAACCUAAUGAAGAAUUUGAGAAGGAAAAGAUGUUUGUCAGCAAGAGAGUGUCUAUGAUGGCUGAUAAUAAUGUUGUGGAAGAUCUUGUUUGUACCGGCUGCAAGCUAUGUGGUUCUCCUAUUGAUUUUGGGUCUUUAUCAGAUCAAAACACAGUUUCACUCGAUUGUCAAAAAAGCUCUAACCGCCUUCAUAAUGUUUGCUUGAUAUAUAGACCAUUUCUGUUAUACGUAUGGGACCACACGGAACAUAUCCCACUUCUUGUCAACAACAAGGCUGCGGAAGUCCUUUUUGCAAACAUUGCUGCGGAGAGUGUUUAUGCAUGCUAUCGACGACAAAAGGACCAGAUCCCUGUCUGUGAAGGUAAUUCAAGCAGCACUGCUCAUUCCGAAGCUGCUGGCGAAUCAGAGGCUGCCAUUCAGUCAUCGGGCCAGCACCCAAAACGUGCCCGGCUGAUAAAAGCUGCAGGGGAUAGGAUGACGCCGAACUUUCAUGGGAUUUGGUUAAUUUUACUCAAAUUGCUGCUCCAACAAGGUACGAACAGUCCCUUAAGAUUUGAAGUUACUGUAAAUUGUGGGUUGGAUGGGGAAAAUGGGAGGUUUGAAUUGGUCAAUCUAACCAUGCCAUGCUAUGGAACUUGUGCUGCUUUGGACUGAACUGUAGAUAUGAUCUGGAUCGUAGCUAAGUUGCAUAUAUUGCUCUUGCAUGUGAAUUGGGAGGGUCUUUUCCCUGCUUUUUCCGUGUCAUUUAUGCUAAAACCGUA